AUGCGGGCUUUCCUCAUCAUCGCCAUCCAGCUACUGACGCUGCUCUUCCAACCCUCGUCCCUGCUAGCAGCCGCAGCAGCGACAACAGAAGCACCCGCCACCGCCGCCGCCGACGACGGCACCUUUUACAUCGUCCGGCGCCCCGUCGCGCAGCAGCCCCAGCCCCAGCCCCAGCCCCAGCCGCGCAGCAGCCUCUCCGUCCUGGUGCGAGCAAACACAGACGCCGUCGCCGCCUUCUCUGCCGGCGCCGGCGAGCCGGGCGCGCCGGCGGGCGCCAGCACGCGGCAGAGCUGGGGCAACCCCGGCGGCGGCCAGUGGAACUGCGUCGUGCGCGCCGGCUACGAGUACUGCGGCGACGGGUACUGGGGCGCCGCGUCGCCGGGCGCGCGCGCGCCUGCCUUGUGGGUGGUCGCUGCGGGGUUUGUCGGGGCUGUUGGGGCCAUGGCGGCGUGGUCUUGA